AUGAAACUUCCCUUUGAAUUUACACAAUCAUAUGGUCGAAACUUUAGUGAUGAGUGCAGGUAUGAAUGAAAUUAAUCUUUACAUGCACAUAUACACCCACAUGUUUCUGGAUGUUGUGAACUGUCGAGCAAUUUAGAGCAUCGCAACCUUCUCAGAUGUGUUGAGACGCUUGGAGGCAUUAAAACAUUUCAUUGGUUAUUUUGAGUUAAGCCUUCCUCUCGGAUCAUGUCUUCUUCUUUGUAUGAAACCAGCGUAUGUGCUUAAACAUGACUUUUUUCACUGGUAAUAGGACGCAAUCAUCAGAAAUAUACUUCGCUUUUUUGUGCCUCUUAUUUCAUCUAGAGAUAUUUUAAGAAAGAUGCGAAGAGUGUGGGUGUGGGUGUGGGUGUGGGUGUGGGUGGGGUGUGGGUGUGGGUGGGG